AUGGUAAGACAGUUCAUUUCCAAGUGCGUCAAGUGUCGUUACCUCAGAGGUACCACUGGAGAACAGAAGAUGGCGGAUUUGCCUAAGUCACGCCUGGAACCUGCCCCGCCGUUUACAUACUGCGCGGUCGAUUAUUUCGGCCCGUGGUACGUCAAACAACGAAGAUCCACCGUCAAGAGAUACGGCGCGUUGCUCACGUGUUUAGCAAGUCGCGCUGUGCAUAUCGAAGUGGCUGAUUCACUGGAAACGGACUCAUUCAUACAAGCAUUAAGGAGGUUCAUCAGCAGAAGAGGUCCUGUCAGAGAAAUUCGCUGUGAUAGAGGUACAAACUUUGUUGGUGCUGAAGCUGAACUUAAGAGACCUAUUGAUGAGAUGGACGACCAGAAAGUGAAAGCAGAACUACUAAAGGAAAACGUAGAUUGGGUCAAGAAUCCAGCUUCCGCAAGCAACUUUGGAGGUGUCUGGGAAAGACAAAUUAGAUCAAUCAGAAACGUCAUGAACGGACUUCUAAGAGAGCAUUUUGCCCGCAUUGAUGAAGAAACGCUGAGAACUUUCCUAUGUGAAGCAGAGGCUACCGUGAAUAGCAGACCCUUGACGGUGGAGACACUCAGCGACCCCCUGUCCGAACCGCCGAUUUCUCCAAGUACGCUGCUCACUGGGAAGACAAGACUCGUGUUACCUGCACCUGGAGAGUUCAAAAGAGAAGAUCUGUACUGCAAAAGGAAAUGGAGAACACAACAUCUAGCACAAGAAUUUUGGCAGAGAUGGAGCAAAGAAUAUUUGCAACAGCUACAAGCAAGACCGAAAUGGACCCAACCGAGAAGGAACUUCAGAGCAGGAGAUGUAGUCUUACUAAAGGAAACCUUGUCCCCAAGAAACAAAUGGUCGUUGGCUAGAGUCGUGAACGUGUAUCCGGAUGAUCAAGGUCAAGUUCGAUCAGUCACGGUACUGACAUCCAACAGAUCCAAGUUGGAGAGACCUAUAAACAAGCUUGUUCUGCUUGUAGAAUCGCAGGGAGACCGGGAUUCCCCGACGAGGAACCAGAACGGUUAA